AUGGCCUCCAACUGUUCAUCACCUAUUCAAAUUCGGUGCCCUCUCUGCCCCAAUGAGCACUCGAUCGCGAGCCCCGAGGAGCUCGUCGGCCACAUGGCUCAAAGCCACGAAGUCCACUCGACAAUGCAGUCAAAGUGCUUCGACAGCUUCGCUCACUUCCAGAUCUGGCUCUCCAACAUCGAAGACUCUCGUUGUGACGGCGGAUACCUGGGCAGCAGCCAAGGACCCUCCUAUGAAGACGUGAGUUCUCGCUGAGUAGUCCUUGCUCUCCGCCGCGUAAACAUGUUGUCCGUUGCUCAAUCUGUGUCUCUUCAGGAGUACUACCUUCUCUGCCGACGUCGUCCGUCCGCGACCACGAAACGUCGUCGAAUGUCAGAAGUCUCGGCCAAUUCGGAGGCGAGCUCUCUCGUCACUUGCACCGCUUUCGUGCAUGUUUUCGAGACAAUGGACGGCCGAGUGACUGUCCGAUACUGUCUCGAUCACUGCGGACAUUCGGUCGACGGGGAUGAGCACAAGAACACGGACACGACCAAGUUCAGGAAAAGAUCGACAUUGAAGAGGAGCUCUCCGUGUGCCACUUUCGAGCUUUGCGACGAGAAUUGCCACUGCGAGGUGAGAGAGCAAACUGAUCGAAUCGAUACGAAUGAUAGAUCAUUUGAUCUCCAGCCGAAUCGUCUCUCAUCGUUUCCGUUUUCAGCAGUCUUCCAUGGCUUCCUCGCCCAGCUCUUCCGUUGACUUCGAAGACGAAGACGCCUCGAACAACAACUACAAGAGCUCUUCGGACGAUUCCUACACGGUCUCCAAUCUCAAUGUGCUCAUCACUCAGCGCCUCGAUACCACCGCCGAUCGCCUGAGAGCUCUGACGAAAGUGCUUCAGGAACUGGCAGUUGACAUCCGUAACACCGACUAUCCGAUGGUCAUCUGA